CUGUGUGUGUGUCUGUCUGUCUGGUGGUCAACGGAGUACCUUGAGGCGGGGGUCUGGAUCCAGAUUUCCGCCUGACUUGAAUAUUGGAGACGAAGGACCGAGUCACAGAGUCUGUUGGUGUGCAGCUGAGGUCGCAGCCCACAGGAGUCCACCUUUCUUAUCCAUUCAAGGACAUUUCUUUGUGCCCUGAGAUCGGCACGGCUUAGAGGCCUUUCUGUGGACAACACAGCCGCUUCAUGGACCCACGGCAUGAAGAGCUUCAACACAGGAGAUGUAUAAGUUGACAUUUCUUAAGAAAAUAUCCAACCUCACACAGCCAUGGGAGACUGGAACCUUCUGGGAAAGCUGCUGGAAAAAGCCCAGGAGCACUCCACCGUGGUGGGGAAGGUGUGGCUCACCGUUCUCUUCAUCUUUCGCAUCCUGAUCCUAAGCGCUGCCACAGAGAAGGUGUGGGGCGACGAGCAGUCGGGCUUUACCUGCGAUACCAAGCAGCCUGGUUGUGAGAACGUGUGCUACGACAUAACCUUCCCCAUCUCCCAUGUACGCUUCUGGGUGCUGCAGAUCAUCUUUGUGUCUACACCCACCUUAAUUUACCUGGGCCACAUUCUCCACCUAGUGCGGAUGGAGGAGAAGCAACAGGAGAAGGACAAAGAGAGGGAACUUCAUCCAGACAAGCAGACCUUGAAUGUGAAUGCUCCCCACAAAAAGGCUCUCAUUAGAGACGAUAAAGGACGGGUACGUCUGCAGGGAGAGCUGCUGCGCACAUAUGUCUUCAAUGUGAUAUUUAAGACGCUGUUUGAGGUGGGCUUCAUUGUAGCCCAGUACCUCCUGUAUGGUUUUGAGCUAAAACCCAUGUAUACAUGUGACAGACAACCAUGUCCCAACAUGGUGAACUGCUACAUCUCCCGCCCCACUGAAAAAACCAUCUUCAUCAUCUUCAUGCUUGGGGUGGCCAGCGUGUCGCUGUUUCUCAACCUCAUAGAGAUCUACCACCUGGGCUUCACCAAGUGCCGCCAGGGCAUGACAUUCAGGAGGCGUCAACAGGCCCUAGAGGGCAUUUCCAAAGAGCCCAGCGAAAUGGCGGUGCCCUUAGUGCCAAGCUUUGGUGACUACUACCCAAAGAGCCGCCAAGUCCAGCCUGUUAUAGCUGGGUACCCUCCUGUACCCAGCUACAACCUCUCAGCUCUGUCUGAGGGCACAGACUCCACCUUCCAUCCCUACCACAGCAAGGCCGCUUACAAACAGAAUAAAGACAACCUGGCUGUUGAAAGGAGCAGCAACAAGCCAGAGGAAUGCGACCUGAAAGGGAAGAAAGGAGCAGGAUCAGCCCCUGGGUCUCCCACACAUACCAGGCUCGUCCACGGUGCCAAGCACAGCAGCAGCAAGACUAGAAUAGACGAUCUGAAGAUAUAAGGUGGUUUGUGGUUCUUGGAAGGUUCUUAAAUUGCCGUGAAGGAAUUGAGUGUCAUCUGGAAGCUGACAUACACACCAAAGCUCUUGUGAAGGCGGCUCAGGUUUGACUCAUUCCAACUUGGGAGAGGAGAUGCAUGUCAGGAAAGUCUCCUGUGACAUAAACACGUUUCUGAUUCACUUUUAUACCCGGCUGUUCUGUUCUCCACCUGAAGAUUUUCUAUCUGGGAUCCUUUUUUAGUUUUCACUUUGCACCCCAAAGACCACAGGACAUUGUUACUAAACAUUUGUUGGUUCUUCUGAUACACGUACAGAGUUUGACACAGGCCUGGGGUCUCAUUUAUCAAACAUUGCGUAGAAUCCUUACUAAAACCGUACUUAAGGUCAGCAAAAAAAAUGUACUCACGCCAAGUAGGUUUGUGAUCUAUCAAACAUGGAGUACGCACAGCUGCACACAAUCUCCGCUUCAUAAAUCGGAGACUAACGAGAAUGUUUCUCAGCUGCAUUUUAGUCACAUCCCGCCCUCACCACGCCCACUUACUGCCAUAAAUAGUCAAUGCAAAGUGCCUUGUGGAUCUCAUGCAUAUACAUAAGCCGGCUGUUGUAGCGCUCCGCCAAUGACAUGGCGACCGUAGAUCAAGGCAGAUCAAGGAAGCGCUAUUUCACAGAAGCAGAAGUUGAGGUACCUGUGGGUGAGGUGGAGAAAUGAAAGGAAGUGCUUUUGCCAAAAAAAAUAAGAGAAAAUCCACGGAGUGGCACAGCGUUGCUGAAGCCGUCAAUGUUGUGAAUUCUUCAGAGAGAUCUGUAGCGGAUAUAAAAAAAUGGUCCAAUCAGGAUUUGAUCCCCAGAGUUCCGGGUGAAAGUCACACGCGCUAACCAGUCAGCCAAAUGGAGAUCUCCCUUGUACAAGUAGCCAGGACGCAUGAUCAAUCAGGUCACAGUGACAGGACACACACUGUCACAGACGCAUGACAUUCUGUCUCAAUCUGUUCCCCUGCUGAUAUUCGGCAUUCCGUAUUCUGCACUUCAGGCUGUGUGUGUGUGUGUGUGUGUUUGUGCGUGUGGGGGGUCUUGUUCUGUGUGAAAACAAAGCAGUACAAGUGAUAAUGCUGCAUGGUGGUGCAGUUGUUAGCACUGUUGCCUCGCAGCACGAAGGUUGCAGGUUCGAAACUCAGCUGUGGCCUUUCUGCGUGGAGUUGCGUGUUCUCCCCAUGCAUGCGUGGGCUUCCUCCGGGUACUCCAGUUUCCCCCACAGAUCACAACAUGCCCUAUAGGUUAUAAAUUGUAAGUCGCUUUGGAUAAAAGCGUCUGCCAAAAAUAUAAACAUAAACAUAAUGCUGCAGAAUUUCACAAUUUUAUCCUUCUCAGCAGCAGCACUGCAGGUGCUCUCGAUGUCCAAAAUGUGCGUAAGCCAGGUCCUUAGUCAACUUAAAGUUGCGCACAUUUUUCUGCUAAGUUCUUUCAUAAAUCCCAAAGUUUGCGUGGAAAGUUGCUUACGCAGUUUUCCAACCCCAUUUUGCGCGUAAGCAAGCUAUAAAUGAGGCCCCAGGACAGGUUUACAUCGAACUUAUCUUUUUUCUUUCUUUCUUUUGGAAUUUUUUUGAAAAUUCCUUAAAUCCCAGGUGGAGACAUGUUCAGAUGGGGUAACCAAUUCUAUUUACCUUCCUUUGAUUGUUUAGCGGCUAUCAGACAUAGUUCACCAGCUCUGACUUGAAGUGAAAAGUUGUGCAAUAAAAACAUCGUACACUGUAAGGACCGUUUCCAAAUCCAGACUUUCUGUUCUGUUUAGUUUAUUUUUAACAUAAUUCUGUUUGCUAUAAGUUCAUGAUUUGAAGCACAUGUUUAUCAUUUCUGUUUAUUUAUUUGUGUUUGUAAAGCACUUGGUGACAGCCAUGUUUGAUAAACUGCUUGAAAUAAACUUGUCUUAAAUUUG